AUGCUUCGUACCUAUAUCAAAUCUGACGAAUGCGAAUGGCAGCGUUUGCUUUCGGCCUUGGAACUUGCUUACAACACAGCAGGUCAUUCCUCCACCGAGCUCUCUCCCUUCGAGGUCAUGAUUGACGAGAAUCUGCUGGCUGCUGCGGACCUUGAUAUCGUAGGCGCGUUAGCUUCUACGCUCACUCCUCCGAUGACUAAGCUUUUCCGGCAGCUCUGCGACAGGGCACAGAGUCACAUUCUGAAAGCAAAAUGGCAGCAGAAGUACUACGCAGACACAAAGCGUCGAGCAGUGGAGUACGCGGUGGGCGACAAG